GAGAGUGCCCGUCGGUUCUUCCCGUCUGCAGUCAGGGUCGGUGAGUCCCGGCAGAAAGUUGCGGCGAAACUUCUGUGCUGCAAGUGACAAGACCAGGAAGAAAGUUUGAAACCUGUCAGCAGCCGAACAGCGUGUUCCGGGAUCCCUCUCUCUCUCCCCCCUCCCUCCCUCCACAACAUCAUCCCCUACAGCUGCAGCAUGUCGCCUCUCUCUCUCACCCUCCUGACCAUCGAACUCCUAGGCUUCUCCACGCCCUCGAAACCGCCUCGAUUCGACCGGACCCCGUCUCUUAUAGAUGAGCGUGACCAAGGGGGCCUGUGCAACACCAACUGCUCCAGGGCCCAGCAGAAGCUGGUGUGUGGCAGCGACAGGAAACUCUACAAGUCCCAUUGUGCCUUCCAGCGGGCCAAGUGCAGGGACCCAACCCUCGAAACCGUGAUUCGGAGCCGAUGCAGCGAGAGGUCUAAACUGAGAUGCCAGGAAGACCGAGCCCAAGCAUUAGCACAAACCAGGAAGACAACGGACUCCAUCAUCGUACCUGAAUGUAAUGAGGACGGCACCUUUGCACAGGUUCAGUGUCACAAGUUGACGGGCUACUGCUGGUGCGUAACGCCCGAGGGCAAGCCGGUCAGUGGGUCUUCGGUGCACAACCAGACUCCCACCUGCUCAGAUUUCACGAAGGACAAAACCUCCCAGAGGGCUCGGGACUCCAGCAGAAUGGAACAAGGAGUCAAACUUCAAGCAAACUCAAGAACCACGUCUCACAAGGGUAAAGCUGAGACAGUGGAUAAUCCCAGGCAGAGGUCUGCUGAUGAGAAGCAUAAAGAUGUACUUCUGGUCUCUAAAAUUCCAGAACUGUCGUACCCAGCCCCGUGGUUCCUAUUCAUCAGGGAUGCCAAGUCAAACCGCAGCUUGAAGCUGGUGUCUUGUGAACAGGAGCGCCGAGCUGCCAUUGAAGAGGCGAAGCUGCAUCAGUACGAGGGAGCCUUCGUUCCACAGUGCAGCACUGGCGGUCUCUACAAGCAGGUGCAGUGUCACCAGGCCACUGGGUACUGCUGGUGUGUUCAAGUUGAUUCGGGCCUCCCGAUCCAAGGCACAACUGCACGGAAUCAGACUCCUGACUGCAGGAGUGGUGCAAAGUCCAAAGUCUCGGAGAUGGCCCCCCUCUUCAGGGACCGGAAGCUGCAAGGUUGCCCUGGUGGAAAGAAGACAGAGUUUGUGACAGGAUUGUUGAAGUCACUCAUUAUGGAUAUGGCCCAGGCUAGCUCAGUCCUAACAUGGAGAAGACUUUCUGAAGGAUCGGUCAGUUUCCUGCUGGAAGACCGCGCCAUUCGCUGGUACUUUGGCAGGCUGGACAAGGACCUCAACAACGAGAUCUCCGAGAAGGAGCUGAGGCCCUUUAAGGUUUACCUGAGGAAGAACGCCAAGCCACGGAAGUGCACCAGGAAAUUCAUUGAGUACUGUGACCUCAACGGCAGCAAGUCCAUUUCACUGCACGAGCUGAAGGGAUGCUUGGGUUUCAUCAAAGGCAGAAGUAGGCGAACAUUUUAAUAACUUUCAGACGACGUGUUCAUCAGGGUAAAAGACGCUGGGAAGCGGGCAAUGCGUAGUGGUAUAAUGGUUAUGUGACUGGAUUAUUAAUUAUACUCUAGAUUAUUAGUUUGAUGUGCUAGAGCCUGAUGCACUUUUGAAUAUUGCACCUUCACUCCCCACCCCCCUUCAACCUUGCCUGUUUUAAUUGCGAAGAGAAAUUAUACUGUGAGUCAGGGGUUCCCAACCUGAGGCCCACGGUCCUCUCAGUUAAUGGUAGGGGUAUUUACUUUCUGUCUGUUACGCUUCUGGCGUUUCAGGCAGCAGUGAAAGUCCUCCAUCUCCGGGGGUGUUCAGGGCUUCAUUCCUCUCGGUUUUCACUACUGUCAGUCAUACAAGUCCCGGGUGGAGACUCAGGAAUACCGUCACACUCCGAUGUGGAAGGAUUCUUCAUUGCUGUUUCUGUAACAGUUUUGUUUGACCAGUCAGGGUUGUUGGCCCUGAGCUGAACCCCUGAACCUGGAGGACCAGCAGAGCACUCUUAGUCUGGCCUCUACCCUUUGACCUGUUUGGGUGACCCUACCAAGAGCCGAACCAUGAAGGCCUGAUUCCAGCCAAUACAUCUCCCUGGGUCAUUGAGGCACGCAGGCCUCCAAACCCUAUGACAAGGUUGUGGUCCUCCUGGUGGAAUGGUAGGGGUCCGUGGCAUAGAGCGUAACGGAUAGCACAAUGCUUUACAGUGCAGGCAAAGUGGGUUUAACUCCCACCACUUGUAAGGAGUUUGUACGUUCUACCCAUGACCGCAUGGGUUUCCUCCGAGUGCUCCAGUUUCCUCCCACCGUUCAAAGACAUACUGGUUGGUAGGUUAAUUGGUCAUUGUAAAUUGUCCCGUGAUUAGGUUAGGGUUAAAUCGGGGGACUACUGGGCAGCAUGGCUCGAAGGGCCUACUCCGCACUCUAUCUCAAUAGAUAGAGAGUGAGAGAGAGAGAGAGAAAGAAGAAAAGUUGGGAACCCCUGCUGUAAGCAGUCUUGUAGGCCAGUGGAGUUCCUCUUGGCAUGGCCGAGAGUCUCUGGUCUUCUCGUAGGCUUUCACUACAUCUACACCUACAGAUGGACUAUGUCUACUACGUGGUGCAAGGCUCUGCAGAGAUAGUCGAAGCUGACUAAAGAGCAACGUCACCGGGGCCAGGUUUUGACGUGAUACUUCUUUGUGGACCAUUUUAAAACCUAAGCAUGUCAUAUGUUUUAUAGCUAUUGAUACUUCUUUUUUAAGGUUUGUGUAAUAAACAA